AUGUUUAUACGACAUGCUGAACACAAUGUAUCUAGACUCACAAGAUGUUAUUUGUCAACUAUAGCUCUCCCCGAAACAAACGUCAAAUAUGAGAGUAAUAAUGCCUCUAUUCCGGAUGAAACAACAACAAAUGCGAAGACAAUCAAAACCCCAGCCCCAAUCAAGUUAAAACGUCAAGAUGUUAAAAAAUUUUACACGCUAUUCAAAAUGUCUGAAUUUAGCUCAUCAAUGACUCACGAUGACAAAUUGACCAAGAGUCUACGCUUAUGGGCUCGCAAGUCGGCUAAGGAACACAACAUUAUACAUACCUCAAUGGAGAAUAUUCUCAGUGAGGCGGUUGAGUUGCACAAAGGACCUUCUGAGUACCCCUUACAGGAUAGUAUAUCUUCCAGUGGCACUUCAUGGGGUGAUGAAAAUGUGGUUGAUGAUGUAAAUCAAGGCUACAAGAAACCAAAGUAUAGAUACAACUUGACCUCAGGAACAAGACGAAUUAAAUUUACCACACCUUCAAGUAAAGUACGACGAUACUAUCAAUUUUUACAGCUUGAGCAAUACAAAAAGAGUCAGUCUCAACAGGAUCUAGACCCAGUAACUAAAUCCAAAGUCAUUGCUCGAGCUAAUCGAGAAUGGAGAAAUAUACCAUCAUUUGAACGCUUUGUUUUGAAAACUGAUUACGAAAAUUUACUUUAUACUGGGAGGGAUCUAAGCCAAGAUGGUGAAGCAGUUGUUUCAAUUGAAGAGAGUGAAAGGUAUAAUGGAGUAGUUCAUAAAGUUCUUGGAGAAAUUGAGCCGGGAGUCGAUGCCAGGGGAAAUAAGAGAGUGCCAUUGUUGAAGUUUAUCAUUAAUGAAAUGACGGGAUUUGUUUAUGUUUACGGACUAACUGAUUUUCACGUUUGGAAUUAUUACUUGGCAAAUGAGUUUGCAGCGAGAAUUGAUGGCAGGUGUAAAGAUAUUGGGGCAUUGAUUAAGGAGAUUGAAAGUGAUUGGCUUAAAUUAGACGCCUUGGCCAAAUCGAAAAUAAGAAUUGAAUAUUUGAAUUUAUUGUCACGAGGUCAAGAUUUGCUUUAUGGCAAAUUAACGUCGAUUGUAACCAAGCGAGAUAUAGUUGAUAAGCCAAAGCAAUAUCAAGUUGUUCGUAUACGAGGUGAUUCAAGCUCAUUCAAUAUAGAUGAAUGUGAAAUAUCGCCUAGUAAGUUUACAAUCACUCAACCGUCGAAAAUACGAUUCAUCAGGAAUGCCUUUGUGGGAAACACAAUUAUUGUUGGUGAUUUGGAUUUAACGCAUGCAUGGAACUACUUUGUUUAUAAACAACAGCAGCAGGAGCAGAAGCAACGUAAAAACAUUGAAGAUGAGCUACAAUUUCACCAAGGCUUGAUUCACCAGUGGAAUCAAGUUUUAGAUGCCGAAGCUAAACAACAGUAUUUAGACCAGUACAAGGCAAUGUUGAUAUCAGGGUUUGAUAUAUACAUGGGUGAAAAAAUGCCCAUUGAUACCAAAAUGGAUAAAACAGGCAUCAAGAAUUUGAUUGUUGACGUAUGGGGUCAACCAAUAACUCAAGGAACUGGUCGUAAUAUAUCAGUUGAUCCGUUGCCGAUGUCAAUUGACAAAUCGACUAAUAAGGUGAUAUUAUUGAGUGAAAUUAAAGAUGUCCAUGCGUAUAAUUACUUUUUGGCGAGAAAGUUGGCGGAGCAGAGUGGUGGUGCCAAUGGUGUUGCUGACUAUUCAAAAUUACCUCAUUUGCAGCAAUAUUGGCUUAUGUUAAUGCCAGAGCAAAAACGCACAUAUUCCAAUGAAUAUUUGCAGUUACUAAACAGUGGUUACGAUUAUGCUUUUGGUAAUGUUGUUCCCCUUGUCGAUAAAUUAAAAUUAUCGAUAUAUUCAAAGCCCAUAAAAUUAGUUGGUCCUGGUACCAAGUCUGCAUUUAAUGCUGAAGCAACAACAGCAACAGCAACAGUAACAGCUAGUAAAGGUAAAAGUACUAAUUCCGAUGAUAUACACUCGAAUGCUUUCGACUAUUACCAAUACUCACGCAAAACAAUCGAUCACGUGCUGGACGUCGAUCAGAUUGUUAAUGAAUGGCACAGUAUGUCUAGCAAAGAGAAAUUAGAAGUUGAAGAAGCGUAUGAAAUGAUGGUUGAUUCAGGAUUUGAAAUGGUUAAUGGAGUACUUAAAGAAGUAUAA